GUAUAAAUUAAAAUUGUCAACAAUAAUUAUUACCUGUGUCAUACAUAACCAACGUUAUAUAUCAUAUUUUUACAAUGUAUUUUGUUUAGAAACCUUGUAACCUCAAUACACCCACAAUGAAUCCGAAUCAAGUUAACUCGAAUAUGAUGGUAGGUCCGGGAAAUAUUCCACCCACACAAGUUUCGAAUACAGCAUCACCACACCAAAUAUUACCGAAUCCAUCGGCUAGUCAUCCACCACAACCUCCGCCACAAACAUCAUCACAUCAAAUGUCCAAUACUCAUCAUGAUCUUCAUCGUUUGAAAAAUUUGAUUUCAAUGCUUCGUGAGACAUUAAGAAAUUUUUUCAUAAUCUCUGGAAUGAAUCUAGAUUAUAGUACACAAAUAGAUAACUUCAACAAAAAUCUGGAACAACCGCCGAAAUUGGAAAAAUCGCUUGAAGACAUAUUGGCGCUUUGCAACCAGAUUGAAUUAUGUUUACGAACCAUUCUGGAAUGUACUAUCCAAUCGCGCGAUAGCAAAACUUAUUUACCAUUUCAAGUUUCGAAUGAAUUUAGUUUGGAACAACCGACAAUGAUGCCCGAUAAUUCUCAACCAAAAUCAUAUGCAUCUUAUUUGAAUGUUAUCAAAAAACAGGUUACUUAUGCAAAAUCUAUAUAUGAAAUACUUUCCGAAAGCGUUAAACAAAUUAAAACAACACCUGAAUCAAUGAUUCCUUCACAAAUACAUCAUUCUACUCAAGUACAAAUGCAGCCAAUGCCUCAUCAAACUUCCAAAUUACCUCCACAGCUUCCUACUCACCCAUAAUUUUAGAUAUUUGAUUCUAAAAUACACAAUUAUCUUUUUUUCGUGAAUCAAACAAAAAUUUUUAUUUUUAUUUUUUUAGUAUUUAAUCCAAUUAAAAUUUACUUUAUAAAAUGAAA